AUUUCCCCCCCUGGAAUUGCCAACGCGAACCACAACAAACCAAACCUGUCAAAUGUCAAACGUCAAAGUAAAAUUAACCAAAUUUUAGCCGAUUUCGAAGAAAGAUUUAAUUACAAAAUGUAUAAUCCAUUAUAUAACCCUUUUUUACAUUUCAAGUUAAGUUCACUCAGAUUAUAAUCAAUUAAAAGCGAUUAAAACAAGAUGGUUCGUUUAUAUUGGUUUUCGCGUACAUCGCGGAUCGUCGCGUUAUGUUCCGCCGCCAAUUUCAUAAACAGCGCCGAUCGUGUGAUAAUGCCCAUAGCGAUCAUCCCAAUGACCGAUGAAUUUCACUGGACGUUACACGAACAAGGCUGGAUAUUAUCCGCGUUCGCUUUCGGUUAUUUCACCUCACAAUUAUUGGGGAGUUGUUCCGCGUCGAAAUUGGGUGCAAAAAACGUGUUAAUUUUUAGCGUUUUAUUAUGGAGUAUCGCAACGUUUAUCACGCCGCUUUUAGCGCAUAGUUUCGCGGGUUUAGUGAUUUGUAGGAUCGUUUUAGGAUUUGCUGAAGGGUUAGGAUUGCCCACAAUUUUUCAUUUAUUCGCUCAUACGAUUCCGGUUGAGGAGAGAUCAAGAGCUUUUGGGUAUUUAAUCGCUUGCGGAUCGGUUGGACAAACCGUCGCUUCUGUGAUGUGCCCCCAUCUUUUGUGGCAAUCUUCGUUUUAUUUAUUUGGAUCUUUGGGAUUUAUAUGGGUCGUUUUGUGGGGUUUAUUUUACCCCGAACGAGCUUUAGGAAACGUCGAUGACACUCUCCCGCUUCAUAGCGCGCCUCAACAACACAAAACGCCCCUAAACCCAUCAAAAUCGCCGUUUAAAUCGACCAAUGACAUCAAAUGGCAUCACUUUUUACUUUCAAAACCGUUAUGGGCGAUUUAUGUGGCGCAUUUUUCGAUGAAUUGGUGCACUUACAUCAUAAUGCAAUGGUUGCCUACUUAUUUGUCGCGAAAUUUAGGCGCAAACAGCCACAGUAUAAGUUUAACGGCGAUUCCUUACAUUUUCAACUCCUUAUUUAGCAUAGCAAGUGGCCAUUUUGCUGAUAAUUUAUUACAAACUAAAAAUUGGAGCGUUUUGAACGUACGAAGAUUAAUGACGUGCAUUGGGCUGGUGGGGCCUGGCUUGUUUUUGGCCAUUUUUUGUUUAGUUGACGAUUUGUUGUUGGCGGUUAUUUUGGUGAGCAUUUCAAUGGGUUUGAGUGCUGCGAAUUCGGCGGGACAUUUGAGUAAUCACGUGGAUGUGGCCCCAAAUCAUUCAGGGACGACUUUUGCCAUUUCAAACACUUUGGCAACCGUGCCGGGGGUUUUGUGCGGUCCGGUGACGGCUCAUUUGGUUGUUCGAUACGGUAUGAGGUGGGCCCCCGUGUUUUUGUUGGCGAUGGCGAUUAAUUUGAGUGGGGCGGGGGUUUAUUUUCGAUACGGAAAAGCCACUCAAGUGAUUUAAUAAACUUUUUAGAGUCUUAGAAACUCAUUUUAAGAUUAACUUUUAAGUGAGAUUACUUAUAGAAUUAAAGUACGAAUUACUUAGGGUGUUGUGAGUAUCAAAUAUAAGUUUAUUUUUAAACGA